AUGACCGCUAUCAGCAGUCGCGGGCUGGGGCCGGAGGAGGAUCACCAGGAGCCAGAUCACUCCCGGAAUCAGAUAAACACUAGGCUGAAAAGAAUUCAACAAGCGAGAGCAUCACAGCUCAACAGAACCGCGGAAGCAGAGACCACACAAACCAGAGACUUCAAAAGCCAGGACGAACGGCGAACCGCACAGCAACUUUCUCCCUGUUCAAGGACAGUGCCACCGGUUGUCAGGGUCCAUCACACUGAGCCGGCUGACUACGGGGCGAGGACGUUCCUCCACUGCAGCGUCUUGGGCUUCUACCCUCAGAAAGUGCAAGUGAGCUGGCUGAGGGACGGGAUGGAGGUCUCCAGCGAUGUGUCGUCCACUGAUGUCCUGGCCAACGAGGACUGGAGCUUCAUCUACGUAUAGACUGUAAUAAAUGUAAUUUACGGGAAGCUGUUUGGCCUUGGUGUAGAAAUGUCCUAU